CAAUGGCGACGAGAUCCAUUUGCCCAUCUUCCAUAGGGCGAUAAGCCCAUGGUUGCCAGUAAACUGGUGGUUACUGUUGAUGAUUACAGGCAAAAUGAGGUACUGACGUGUGAGGCCAAGAAUGUUGCCUCAGGGGUCACUGCUGUUAGCAGCAAGAUCCUGAGCAUCACUGGUAAGUCAUAGUUUUUGUGACAAAAGACUUGUCACAAGCCAAUAUUUAGAAUCAGAUGUUUGAACGUGAAAGCCCACCAUUUUUGUAAAAGCCAACUCAAAGUAUUUAACUUGGUAUCUCUCUGAAAAUAAAAUGUUCCUCGUUCUUUCUGUCCUCUUCACCUCUUUUCCACUCCCCUGUCUUCCAGAUCCUAUCUCUGUACAGCCGGUGUCCCAGGACAAGCCCUUGGCACACCAGCCCUUCUCACUGCAGUGUGUGGGCUCUCAGAAUUCAGCCUCCAUUUUGUGGUUAAAAAAUGGCCUCCCUGUAGCUGUGUCCGGCAGGGUCAGUCUCUCCCCCAACAAUAUCACUGUGUCUUUUAGUCCUCUGCUCCAGUCUGAUGGUGGCCUGUACCAAUGCAUCGUUUCUCAGGGGGGAGCACCCAUCAAAGGGUUUGGGUACCAACUGAAUGUAAAUUAUGGACCAGUUCAAGCUGUUAUCAUCCAAUCUGGCAAAGGCCCAGUAGGUAAAGCCCUGUAUCUCCUGCCUGGAUCAAAGACAGCACUUCAGUGUUCGGCCCUGUGCUACCCCACCUGUACCUACAUCUGGAUAUACAAGGGGAGGCUGGCAGAGAUGAACACCUUCUCCCUCACACCUGAGACCACCAUGGACAGAGGACCCCUCAGCUGUGUGGCUUACAACUCAGUGACCAAUGACAACAGCACUGUUAAUACCUCAGUUGUGUUACUUGAUGGACCAUCUAACGUGACCAUCUCAGGACCAGGUGCCCUAGAGGUAGGGGUCAAGGCCAGCUUCAAGUGUAUUGCCCAGUGCUCUCCCUCUUGCAGCUACACCUGGAGUGUGUAUGGUCGGACCAUGCACGGCAGCGUGGUCGAUUCAACCGUUACGUGGCCACUGAGUCUUUCAGCUGCGAGGCACACAACACAAUCACCAGGAAGACAGCCACAGCCAAUGAGACACUCAGUGUCACAGGUAUGGUCAAACUACUAUGAUCCAUCAAUUUAAUUGUUGGUCUUAUAACACUUUCUACUACUCUAUUCAACUGGGCACGGCAUCUCGAGUAAUACUUCUCAUGCAACCGGCCACAGUUAUUGCCAUAAUCGUAAUUUUAGUAGAAUUAUUUUUUUUCUCUUUUGUAAUGUAUCAUUAUGCACGUUUAAAAAUGUGCUACAACAAACCUAAUGAAUACAAUACAGCUUUGGUGAAACACACGUCUCAAUAAUUAAUAGUUAACUGCUUGGAACUUUUGGAAA